AUGACAGUUCAAACUUCAAGAUAAGAGAUAGGUAGAUAAAUCAAAUGAGAUUUGUGUUAUAAAAUUGUUGCUUUUGCAACUUAGUUAAAACAAAGGGUUAUUUUAAAAAGAUUUAUCGGUGGUCCAACAUGUACUCUCGAUGCGGUAGCAGUGGUUCCAUUCAGAAUAUGCAUCAAACCCCAUCUUCAUCAAAUCAUAACUCAGAGGAUGAAGAUGACAGUGGGGACAACAAGCCAUCAGCACUAAGUUUUAAAGAAAGAAGGAGAGAAGCACACACGCAAGCUGAGCAAAAGAGGAGAGAUGCGAUCAAAAAGGGGUAUGAUUCAUUGCAAGAGUUAGUUCCAACUUGUCAGCAGACAGAUGCAUCAGGAUACAAACCCAGUAAAGCUGCUGUUCUACAAAAGUCUAUUGACUAUAUACAAUACCUCUUGCAACAACGUAGACGGCAAGAAGAGGAGCGUAAUGCACUACGUAAAGAUGUAGUAGCAUUGAGGAUCAUGCAGGCAAACUAUGAACAAAUUGUUAAAGCACAGCACUCAGUGCCUGGCCAGAGUGAACAAAGGCUAACUGAUCAGGAUAAAUUUGAAGUGUUUCAGGGGAUAAUGGACAAGCUAUUCGAAUCAUUUGAGUCUGUGCCAACAAAUGAUUUUGCUGAGUUUUCGGCUGGGGUUUUCAAUUGGCUGGAAGAGUAUUGCAAACCUCAAUCAUUACGUACCCUAGUGCAUGGAGUUUUACGAGAACAAAAUUUUACACCUUAAUAUUAUGUGGUAAAAUAUUACAUCAGACCUUGUGCCAUUUAUUAUCUACAAUUGUAUGCUGAGGCUGAUAUAACAAUUACCUACUAAAUAUGAACAGGGUUAAUAGAAUAUUUUUAUAAGUCAGUUUAAAAGUGAAAUAUAAUAAAUAGCACUUGGUAUUAAAUACUUAAAUGAUGCAGAAUGUAGUAGAUAAAUUGUUAUGUUAUUAGUCUGUUUAUUAUUGUUUUAAAAAAUAUAUUAGUUCAUAUUAUAUACAUGUUAAGAUUGUGGGUAUCAAAUAACUGUGGCCUUAAUUAUCAUGCUGUGACACUUAUACUACAAAUAAAAUAAAAUGUCAACAUUCUAUAUCGUAAAUAUAAAAUGUAACUUUAUUUUUUAACUAAAAAUAUUGCUUAGCAUGUGGAAUACACUGCCAUAUUAAAAAAAUGGCAGGCACAAUUUUUUUAGUAAUGUUAUGGGAUUUAAAAUUAUACUGAAAUACAUUAUUUUGUUAUAUGAGAAAUUUAUUUUUUUUUUAAUUUUAUUAUUGUUAAAUAUUAGUUUUAUAAUUUUUUAAGAGUUUCUUCGUUUGCUUGAAUGCACUUAUCUCAGGUUCUACUGGGCAGAUUUGAAUGAUAUUUUUUGUAAUUUGGUAGUUUGAUGCCCAAAAAAAGACAAAGGAUAAUUUUUAAUUUUUAUUCGGAAACCCCUGAUCUGUCUAUCUAUUCCGCAAAGUCAGACGCGGGCGUAAAGCUAAUGUUUGAUAUCAUGGGGAGUUUUAAGAAAUGCUUGAAACAAUAUUUAAUGUUGAUUUUGAUUCAUUAGCAAUUAAAGAUAUAUGUGAUAACGCAUUGGUAUGUAAUUGGCAAUUAUUUAUCAUUCAACAAACUAAAAACAUAGUGACUCGUUAAUAUUGAUUGGUCUAAACAUACUACAUUAUAGCAGCUAUAAAAUGUUUCAAAACACAGGCAAGUGCAAUAAAGUUAUUUCUUAUAUUAUAUUGUAAAGUAACAUAUAAUCAAUUAAGUAAAAAUUGUAUAUUAAUUAAUUAUUGUUUAACAGUGAAAUUUUAUAAAUACGCAGACCCGAUGUGUGUUUUAAAUAAAUCUAGUGUUACAUUGCAUUUUA